UAUUCGCUGAAAUCAAUUUGUUGAAAUUGAUUGUUUUUUUUUUGCAAGCGUUGAACAGCUGUUUAAGGCCACAUAGUUAAAAGAAAAACAAAACAUAUUUCAUUUACUAAGAGAUGAUAAAUAACAAAAGGAAAAGUUAUAGAAAAAAUCACCGCAAUUAUACCAAGAAACAUUAUCUCUGUAAUAAAUUUAGUGACUGAUAAUAACGCCUAAUCACAGAUAAUCAUUCAAAAAAAAAAAAAAAAAAAAGAAAGAAAAAUUACUGAAGAACAUUUCAAAUGAAUAAUCAUUAAUUGACUGCAUUGCAUUGAGUUGUUAUUUGGUCUUCCGUAACGAUAAAACGAAACAUCAUCAUGAAUUCGGUAGCAUUUAGUUUAUUGUCGUCUCUAAGGCGCUCAGUAUUAUUGCAAGUUAAACGGUCAGAUAUUAAGAUACGGAAAAUUUCUUGCUUAGCAGCCCAGCAAAGACUUUCUCAUAGCAAUAGCAACAACAUGGAUAUGUUACCUCGUAUUAGUUUUACCACAGAUUUCUUUUUUCGUCAGCUUUUUGAUUUAGAGAGCAGUACCUACACAUAUCUGCUGGCCGAUCUCAAUACGCACGAAGCAGUUAUAAUUGAUCCCGUGUUGGAGCAAGCAAAACGCGAUGCUCAACUUGUUAAGGAAUUGGGUUUGAAACUAAAAUAUGCAAUGAACACGCAUAUGCAUGCUGAUCAUAUAACUGGUACGGGUUGGUUAAAACAGUUGUUACCCGGCUGCAUAUCGGUUAUAUCAAAAGCUAGCGGCGCGAAAGCCGAUAAACAUUUGAACGAGGGAGAUAGUGUUGUCUUUGGUCGUCAUAAAAUUGACACCCUAGCAACACCAGGCCAUACCAAUGGUUGCAUGACUUAUGUUAUACAUGAACAGGGCUGCGUUUUUACAGGGGACACUUUGCUAAUACGCGGUUGCGGUCGUACUGAUUUUCAAGAGGGCAAUGCGCGUAGCCUUUAUGAAAACGUACAUAAUAAAAUCUUCACUUUAGGAACGAAUUAUCGCAUCUAUCCAGCACACGAUUACAAAGGCCAAGUGGAAAGUACCGUAUGGGAAGAGAAAAACUAUAAUCCACGUUUAACUAAAAGCCUGGAAGAAUUUGUUGCACUUAUGGAUAAUUUGAACCUGCCUUAUCCCAAAAAAAUUGAUCAAUCUUUGCCGGCGAACCGUGAGUGUGGUAUCCAUGAUAUUCCACAAAAUUAAGAAUAAAUAGCUUUCCGUCCUAUUUAAAAAACACUUUUUGAUAAUAUUUACAAAAUAUUUA